AAUCCGCCAUUGUUGAAGCGUUUUGACAAGUUGGGAAUGGCGUCUUGUGUUUCUUUGUGAAAAUUCUGUGAAAAAGUGCAAAAAACCUGUGAAAAACCAUCGCAAUCCAGAUAAAUUGACUGCAAAAAGCAUCUACAAAAGGUGUUUGUCAGGCAAUUCCGGGGAAUCGCAUCCAGGGAAAUUACACAAAAAACAGAGAGCUUCAAGUGUCAGCAGAGAGUUUCAGAAAAUACCCGAAAAUUGCAUUUUUUGACGGUUUUUUGUGUGGAAAAUCCAGUGAAAUCAGUGCAUCUUCUCCAAAACAAAAAAGAAAGAACAGGAAAGUGUCUGAGCAAGAAGUUGGAUUGUGAAAGGGGCUCUGAGGGCAUUUUUUCUGGUGUCCUGCGAGCAUCCACUUAAAGUGAUAAUUUCUCACGCGCAUCGUCGUUGAAAUUUUCCACGGAAAUUCAAUUUGAAGUGAGAUUGUGGAAGUUUCUGGUGCAUCAAGCCAUUUGUUUGUUAUCAAGUGAUGUCGGAGGCCAAAGAUGGUGGUACUGCUAGAAACAAGGUGGAGGAGGACAUCGAACGGCAUGUUCUGAGUACCACGGUUAAGUUGUCGGAUGGAACUACUGGGCAAGUGUUCAGUCGUGGAGGUCGCAAUGAGUUUCAGGUCUUCCUCUACAACUGCCAUGUCUGUGGAGUGCCCAAUUUACCGGGAGAACGAUGCCUGCAGACGCACAUCAGUGGCAGGAAGCACCAGAUGCGCCUGUCGCAGGGAGUUAUCGAUGCUGAGGCUUUUAAGGCGCCAAUGCAGAACAAGAAUAAAAUUCAAAUGAACAUUGCUCCGGGGGAACCUGUUCCGCCUGGCUUUGAAAAUGAGGUUAAACUUGUGGCUGAGAUUCAGCCAACGCUGGACAGAAACAAGGAGGAUCACUUUAUUGGUCUAGAGUACAUUAUGGAGUUGACUGGUGGUGGUGGGGAAACGUCCUAUCACUGCAUUCUGUGCGACAAGCGUGGUGAUCCGCGUACCAUCCUUAGUCACAUUGUCAGCUACAAUCACCGCCUCAAGUACCUGGAGAAGCACUAUCCGUCGUGCGUCCGGGAAUUGGGGGAUUAUCGUUUUCAAAAGGAUGCUCGUCCGGUGUUGACGAAGAUCGUGGGGAAUAUCUGUGCAGCAAUUGAAGAGACACACGGCAGAUUGGCACCGUCUGUUCAUGACAAGGAUGAGUAUGAGAGGAAUAGGAUGAAGUACUUAACGGACGUAAUCAAUGAGAAGCAUUUUGAUGAGAAAACCGGUCCGAAAUUUGUAAAAUUGGUGGAUAAAGCCAAAAUCAUUGAUAUGGUGCGCAGAUCAAAAAUAAUGUCCUCAAUGGGUUUCUUUAUGGGUUCACCCCCAGGUUUAAAUUUGCGAAAGAGAACAUCCUCGCCUGAGGCAGAAUUGCGAUCAAGGGCUGAAAGGAAGAGUCUGGAUUCGGUGUCUAGUAUCUCCAGUGGUUCCAUGAAGUCUCGUAGCCGAUCGCCACGUCCGAAGAGGAUUCGUCAACGUCGUUCUAGGUCUAUAUCGCGUUCUCCAUCGAGGCGCAGCGGGGAAGUGGGAAGUCGUCGGGGACGUAUGAGUGAUGAGCCACCCAAAAAAUCCCUUCCGACUCCGGCUGAGCUUUCUCGGCAGGCCAAUGAGAUUCAGGAAGAUCGGUACAAGUGGGAGAAGUAUCGAUGUCUGGUUGAGAAGGCAGUUGAGGAUCUCAAUUUGGUGUUGAAAGAGCACGAGAAGAAUCCAGAGAAACAUCCAUUGUAUCCGGAUGAGUGGAAGAAAUUCUGGAAUAGGCGAUAUAAGGAAUUGCAGCAAGAGAAAAAAGAUCCGGCUAAGCAUGAUUUUAAGCCGGAAUGGAUUAAAUUCUGGACACAUCGUAUGAAAGAACUCCAUGAGGAGGACAUUGACAAGCGCAAGAAGGAGAUUAGAGCUAAGGUGGGCUUGCCGUUGGAGGAAGAAAAGCCACCGCAGAAAGUUGAAGUGAUUAAGAUCUCUGACAGCCCAGAUUCAAUGGUUAUGUCCAGGAAGAGGGGUAGCAUUAGUCCGUGGUCAGAUGAAGAUGGUCGGAAGAUUCGUCCAUCUCCACGGCGUAGUCGUCCACGUAGUCGAUCCCGAACUCGAUCGCGAUCGCCAAGUCGUCGCAGGAGUCGAUCUCGAAGUCGCCGUAGUCGUAGUCACUCACCCGGUAGGCGAUCCUAUUCGCCGCAUCACAGGGAGAGGUACUACGAGAGACCGGUGAGUGUGAGAUAUGUUGCUCCACCACCAGAUCCCUACUACAACUUCGAAGAGUGGGCCAGUUACUAUGGACCUCAUAAGACCAGGCCAGUCUUUGCCAGAGCUCCGGCUCCGAGUUACACAAGGGCAGGUCCAGUGGAACCUGAGCCAGCUGAAGAACCAGAAACUGACGAACCACUUACAGUGGUGUCUGUACUAAGACUUCUGACCGCUCUGGAAGAACACUUGGGAAGUUUGGGACCUAAGUGCAUCGAUUUGCUGGCCAAGGCACUAGCCCUUGAAAAGGUAAAGGCAAACUCAGCUGAUGAGAUGUUGGUAAAUGAGGACACUUGUGUCUUCUUUGAGACGACAAAGGAGAAGCUAAAGGGGCAGAUUUUGGCUGGAGUAAUGGAAUCGGGCAAGGUGAAGGCAGUAAAGAAGGCUAUUAAGAAUAUAGCUGCACUCGUGCAUACAGUAAGCAAGAAACGUGAGGAGCAGCAGAAGGCCAAUGGAGUGGAGAAGGAAAGUAGCUCAAAGGAAUCUGACAAGAAGAAUGAUUCCAAGGCGGCAAGUGCAAGUGGUGGAGGUUUGGAUAGGAGUAAGAUUUCACUGAAGUUGGCAGCUGAAUUGGCUACGCAGGGCAGGGAGGAUAUUUCGCAUAGUGAACUAGAGCAGUUGGUAUUGGUGUUUGUGGGGAUGCUGCAACGUUCAAAGCAGACGAGUGAGAUUGUGACGGUGAGGGAUUUCCUGGCGGAGCAUGAAGUGAGGAAUGUUGAGGGUGAGGAUAAAAUCAUGGUGGACAUCAAAAAGACCAUUGAGGAUGACUUCAAAGAAGAUAUCAAUGCAACAUCAGAUGCAAAUGCUCUGGAGAGUCUAACAGAUUCGGAUUUACAGACACUUUUGCAGAAUUUCAAGGAUCUGUCGCCUGAGGAGCAGCAUCAUUUGAUAUCCUACCUGAAGAAGCUUGAGGCUACAGAUCCCACAAGAGUGGAAAAAUUGCGAAAGUUUGUGAAUCUCGAUGGAAGUGGGGAGAAACGGAAGGAACCACAGGAUCGUAGAAGAUCAAUUAGUCCACCGACAAAUCGGGCUGAUGUUUCCAUGGAAUCCACAACAAAGUCAUCUAGCACGGAUAAGAGGAAUGCACCUAUUUAUGAUUCUGAUGAUGAUGAUGAUGACGAUGACUACAAUUUUGAUGAUGUUGUCAAAGCUGCAUCAAAGAAUGUCAAGGAGAAACAGAUGCAGGAUCAUUUGAAAGUUGUGCAGGAGUCACUACAGCAAAAUCCUGUUAUGCAGAUUGAAGACAAUGGACCCACUCCGGCAAAAGCAGCAGCAGCAGCAGCAGUAGCACCAAAUCUCAGUGGGAUGACCUACACGGCGGAUACGCAGGCGCUUAUAGCCAAUAUCAUGGGAUCACUGCAGAAGAAUGUGUCGAGGACUAAUCAAUCGGCAACGCCUACAGAAGCACCCGAUGCAGUUGCAUCAGUUGCUAGUAUGAAUAGCCUGCCCUACUAUCAGCAAGCCAAUUCCUACGAUUCCAAUCCCUAUCCGGCUCAAGGGGCACCUAACAAUUUCUAUCAGGGCUACGGCAUGCAGCCAGGAAUAUUCCCAGCAGCCGCCGCCAUGAAUCCCGCCACGCAGCCCAUCUUUCCCGCCGCCCAACAGCAACCGCAGCAACAACAGCAAAAUCCUUGGGGAAAUUCAAAUUACGGCGCCAAGUAUUACUGAGCUUUUCCACGUGAUUUUGAAAUUUGAAUAAAGACGUAGACAGAAAAA